UUAAUUUAAUGUAACAUUAUAAUAAUAUUUAUAAUAAAAGUGUGCAGUAUUUAAUACGAGCUAAAUAUCAUUGAUCAAUUACAAAAUAGUGAUUAUAUAUCUACUGAUACUAAUCAUAAAUCGAGUGUUGUAAAAUUCCUAGUUAAUUAUUCAAUAUCAACUAACAUGCAAGUGAAACUAUUGACAAAUUUAAUACGCUAAUGUAACAUAAUGCGGAUUACGAUUUCAAUCUAUUUAGUUGAAACUUUCACCGCGAAGAAACAUAAUCAUGAAGUUAUUCUGCCCUUCUAAUAUUUACCAAGAAUCUUGGUUACUGUUGAGUAUAACGAAAUUAUUAGGUUUAUAUCCUAUCAAAUUUUUCAGAAUUGCAUUUCCAAAUUAUUUAUAUGUAUCUAUAUUAGUGGCGCUUUAUUGGUUUUGUCAUUGGCAGUGUUUAUAUUAUAUAUUUGACAUGUUUGAUAAAUUUCGUUCUAUAAAUGACACGUUUUUACUUAGAUACGUUCGAAUUUACUUAAAUAUACUUUCGUAUCCUAUAAUAAUAAUUUCAAGUAUGUAUAAAUGCUCAAAAGUAAAAGAAGCAUUCAAACAGUUAGAUACCGUUGACGAAAGCGCAAAGUUCUUAAAUAUAGAGAUCGAUCAUUCUUUAUGUAUGAAAAAUGAUAUUGUUAGAAUAACUACUGCGAUAUUUGUAGUACUAACUUGUAAUUUAAUGGACUACUAUGGAUUAUUAGAUAACGAUUCAGGCUUUAUAUAUUUUCUUAUAUGGGUAAUUGAUAGAUUACCCGAUUUUGUUUGUGUAAUAGUAAUAUGUUCUUUUACUGUAUUUAUGUAUAAAAUUGAGAUUAGAUUUAUGCAAAUAAAUACGAUAUUAAAUAUUAUUACAAAAGGAAAACAUUUCAUUUCUAUCUCUGAGAUGUCUGAUAUGAACAAUGGUAUGUUUCUAUUGUAAUAGACAUUUUUGCAAAUUAGUUUACAUUAAAACGAAUUGCUUAUGUUGAAAUUUAGUUUCCAGAUAUAGAUUGUUAAAAUGGCUUCGAUUCGAAUUACAUAAAACAAUGUCACUUUUAAAUGAAGCAUAUAGUUUUCGAUUCAAACUCAUGACAAUAAUAUAUAUUGGAUAUAUAUGUCUACAUGUGUGUAUCAUCUAUAACCAUACUUUUAACCCAUUUUAUGCACCUGAUGUAAUACUGAGUUUUACAUGGAGUACCAUUGAUUUAAUCAAACUCGUCUACUUAAUUCAUUUAUAUGGCAAUCUAACA